AAAAUACCCAAACUCCCUAUUGCAAUUCUCACUCUCUCAAUUUCUCUUCAUCAUUACCAAUUGAAUUUGUAAUGGACCCUCCUACUCUUACUCCUAUUCUUACUACUGCUGCUGCUGCUGCUGCUGUUCAACAUGUGACCAAGAGGUCUUCGGAUGAGCUGCUCAGGAAAUUUGCUGAUUCCUGCAAUGAGGCCGAGGCCUCAGCAAAGAAGAAGGCGAUCAGGGCGCUUUCAAAACAAAGGAAAAGAAGCCGGAAAAGCGGUGAGUUUGAUCAGAGUGAGAGUCUAUCAGAUGGCAAGGGUAGCAGCUUAGUGGAGAGGAGGUCACUGCUUCCUGUUGUUGCUGGGACUAAAAACAAGGGAUUGCUGCUUAGGCAGCUUGGGGUUCAUGGCAGGUCAAGGGAUAUCAGGAACAAGUCCCUCUUUGGUACCAUUCACAAGACUUGGAGGAGGACCAUAGAAGGGGCGUCAAAGGUUUUCAUGGAGAAGCAUUACAACAGGCACAGGCGUUUGAUAAAUGACAUUGUUUAGCUCCAGGAACAUUUUUUGACUCUGCUCUUAAAAUAUCAGAAACUUCUACUUAGCAAAGCUCAGUUGGUGUAAAUUUACAUUCAAAUUUGUAUUUCUCAUUCUUUUUUGCAUAUUGUUUUUCUACAGAAGUAAUAAAUGAUUAAAGUUUUUUGACAAA